CACGAAGACACCAUUUUAACCAAUCAACGGAGUGCUUCUAUUUUGCUGUAGCAACGACCGUUGCCAAGUACUCCAUCAAGUUUUGCUAAUCACGAAAGGUGUGUUUACAUCCACGGAAGAAAAAUGGCAAAACUAGUCCAGGGCCCACCUCGCUUCACCCACCCUGAGUGGACAACUUCCAACUUGACACACUAUGCAAACGCUGAGUCAGAGAGAGCUGCCGCAGAAAGGCUUGUUGAGGAAUCAAAACGCUUAUCUGAAGAAACAGCAAAACGCACUGAAAAGACUCAGAGAGAUGUCAGCAAAAAAUUGGAACAGAGAAUUGAUGACAUCAAGUACUGGAAGAAGGAGCUGGAUGAUAAACUCGCCAAUUUGGUGACAGAAAUCGACAGUCUGAUCGCAUUCAAGGCCAGAGUGGAGAAAGCUUUGGAGGCCACAGCUGAGCCACUGCACAUUGCCAAGCAAUGCCUACUCAACAGGGAGAAGAGAACCUCUAUUGAUUUGGUCCAUGAUGAUGUACAGAAGCAACUGAUCAAGGAAGUAGAGACAAUUGAAGGAGUUCAGGCCCUCCUUAACAGAACUCUAGAACAGACCACUGAACAAAUAAGGUUAAACAGAAAAUCUAAAUAUCAGCUAGAAAAAGAUUUGAAGGAUAAAUUUAGUGCUUUGUCAAUUGAUGAGUAUUGUGCCGAAUUAAGAAACAAUUCCCAUGGACUUAAAUUCAAAGAUGGCGCCGCCAAAAUUGAAGCCAACUCUGUCUGCCCAGAAGAUUGGCAGGAUUUCUCAGAUGCUAACAUUCUGAAGGCGGAGAGAGAGCGCCAGAGCUCGGUGGAACUCCGCACCUUGAUUGACGGAAUCCUUCAACAGACAUCCAAUGACAUGCGCAAACAGUGCAGUGAUGUCAAUGUUGCCUUCAACAAAAGGAUUUCAGAAACAAAGGACACCAAGAGCAAGCUGGAAGAUCACCUCAACAAGAUUGUUGGACAAAUCAAGGAGGCGGAGGAGAACAUUGCCCGGUUGAAGAAGGCCAUCGACGACAAGGUCCUGCCCAUGCAGCUGGCCCAGACCCGACUGGACACGCGAACAAACCGCCCCAACGUAGAGCUCUGUAGGGACCCAGUCCAGUACCGACUCAUCGAGGAGGUGGGCGAGAUUGAGUCUUCCGUGGCUCAGCUCCAGGCCAGGCUCAAGCAGACAGAGGACUCACUCAAGGGACUCAUCCGUAACCAGCUGGCCCUGGAGGAGGACAUCGGGGUCAAGGCCAACACGCUAUUUAUAGAUGAGGUGGAGUGCAUGGGCAUGAGGAAGAGCAUAAAUAUUCAGAAUUUUUAAAAUAACUUUCUGCACCUAACAACGUAUAUCUGCCAGAUUGAGUCUGAGAAAAAGUGAUAUGUAAUCAAAUGAGAACAGAGACACCUUCAGUGUGAUUAAGACAACAAGUUUUCUAGGUAUUCCAGUUUUUUCCCCUCCUUUUUAAAGCAAACACUACUUUGUAUGUGCCUGCCUAUACACAGAGUACAGAAUACUUCUUUUCAUAUCAUGGUUUUCAUUUUGAUCGACAUACAAUAGAACUAAGAAGAUGGAUUUUGUUGUUUUAUUUAAGUAUUAAAAUGUUACAUUGUUUGUAAAUAUUACUUUAUAUUACGUUGUGUAAUAUGAGAUGAAAAUAAAUAAAAUUUUAUAUAACAUGUCCUUUC